UUUCGUCGAUCGUCGAGAGAAAACGCGUCUCGCACGGCGCAGGAUAACGCAGGAUAACGCACGUAAACUGCUGAUCUCCAACAGGAUAAUAAUUAUUUAAGCAACCAUAGACACAAUAAAUAACUAACUAAAAUAUAAACAUUUAUACUACGUUACUACUACAUUAAUGCUAAUAAUUAAAAUAAGUGAAACUCCGCAAAAGUUUAAAAUAAGUUUUAAUUUUAAUAAGUUUAAAAGUGUCGCAUAUACGUCUGAUAUGAAUGGAUUAACUACGAAGUGGUUUUGCGUAAACAAUUCGCAGGUUGCUAAUAACGUUGAUGUGCGUGUUAAAAAGUGUUCCGAAACAAGUGAUACGAGUAGCAAAAAGGAAAAGAACACAUCUCUUUUUGACAGUUUACGGUAAAGUAAAUUGAGCGGCUAAAAAUAAACGCAAAUUGCUUAACUUCGAACGGAUUCGGAUGUAAAUUGAAAGUUAAACUUCAACUCGAACUCGGACGCGAAAAGGCGCAGCUUACGCGGUGCAAUUAUUAUGGAAUUAUGGAUGCCGCACGUUGAUUUUUAACUUGAAGCCAUAAAAACAACUUUCACCCACACAGAAUCCACCAGCUAGCAACAAUGCAGAAUACUUCGGUGCUAACGACCGGCGCCUCCACCAUUCCCACAAUUCCCACCAUAUCGCCUGACUUUGCGGAUGCUACCAACGACACGUAUUUACAACACCUGCUCGAAACCGCAAACGGUACUCUACUGCCCGUAGGCGUUGAGAAUUCGAUAAUAGAUCGCGAUGAACAACUAGCCCGGAUAGAAAUAGCUACGUUAUCUGUAAUAUUUUUUGUAACUGUGCUCGGAAACACAACGGUGUUACUUGCACUAUGGACACGUCGUAGAUAUGCGGGUAGAAAGAAAUUAUCCCGGAUGUAUUUCUUUAUUUUGCAUUUGAGCAUUGCGGAUUUGAUCACGGCGUUUCUGAGUGACUUGCCGCAGUUGGGUUGGGAGGUAACCUAUCGGUUUGUGGGUGGUGCUGUAUUGUGUAAGCUAGUGAAGUUCGGACAGACGUUAGGACCCUAUUUGAGUUCGUAUGUGUUAAUGGCCACUGCAAUAGACCGACAUCAAGCGAUUUGUUAUCCUUUGACGUACUGCUCGUGGACUUCCAGGCGCUCAAAGGUUAUGGUUUGGAUUGCUUGGGCUGCCAGUCUUACAUUUUGCAUUCCACAGCUGACAAUAUUCUCUUAUCAAGAAGUCGCCCCCGGCGUGUUUGAUUGCUGGGCGACAUUUCCUCAAGCCUGGGGCGAACGUAUGUACGUCACGUGGUACGGAAUAUCGGUGUUCAUCAUCCCGCUGAUCGUGCUGAUCGUGACAUACAGCUGUAUUUGCCACGAAAUUUGGCACAGCAGUGUUGGCGACCUUGGUCUGCGGCCGCGGAACGUGUCGACCAAUUCGUCCUUCACGCAUUACAAGUCCAGCCUGCCGCCGAAGCGUGCGCCGCUUAUCUCACGCGCGAAGAUCAACACCGUGAAGCAGACGAUCGCCGUCAUUGUCAUGUACGUGGUGUGCUCGACGCCGUUCAUCUCGGCGCAUCUGUGGGCGACGUGGGAUCCCAAUGCGCACAAAAGUCCUUUUCUCGAUGGACCGUGCUUUACGAUAUUGACACUCCUGUACAGUUUAAACAGCUGCGUGAAUCCAUGGAUCUAUUUGACAUUUAAUCGUGAAUUACCACGACUGUUGAUCCGACACUACACGACCAACCGCAACAAUAACUACACUUCCGCAGCUGGUAACAGUACAAGUAACUCCUCAGGUGCGGUGGAGAGCACGUCCCUGCGUCCCUUCACACGCUGGUCGUUCUGCAACGGAAACCGCGUCAAACAACCGGGUAGUAUGGGCGGAAGUGGCGGCGGUGGUGGCAGCGGUGGCGGUGUAGGACAACCGCUUGUGAGCAACGGUCGCGGACACUAUCAUCAUCCACACCAUCCGCAUCAUCGACCCUACGUAGCGCAGUACAAUCAACGUCGGUGGAUUGUCACGACGACUAACACCUGAUCGUCGGGGGAUGGCGGCGGCGGUGGUAAACCGCGCCGUCACCAUGUGCGCGUCAACGAUGAGGAACUCACCGAGCUCACCGAUGUUGAGCUUGACAUGCGUGUGGACAACAACGACGAGACUGUGAUGUAAUUAAAAAGUAAAAUGUAUCUUCAAAGAAAUAAUUCACAUAAGACUGUUUGUGUAACAUAGGCAACCCAUUAUACUUCAUUAUUCAUUGUUUUAUGCAUGGAAGGAAAUCUAUAUUACAACGAAGUCUCAUUUUGAAGCUUUAUACGUAAUUAAAAACUGCUUGGAUUUUGUUGGGAAACAAAAAUAUUUAUUGUAUAUUUGUUUGAUCUGUAUCUCCUUGAGGAGUUGAGAUUUGUGUUUGUUAAAAGUGAUUUCAGCAAUGUAAUACCUUGGAGAGUGCGAGAUUUUUAAUGAAUGCGUUUGCGUCAUUUCGAACCGUAACGACAGCAGAAGAUACUUGUACCUGGAAUGCGUUUCAUUUCGCUGUGAUUGUCGCGUGUUCAAAGAGUGUUCGCAUCUAUCAAAGAAAAGGUUUCUCAUUGUCGUUUUUCGAUAUUUUCUUACAUCGCCUCCGUCUGUUUAUUCACGUGUGCGGAGAUAUUUGCGCUCGGAUCAGGUCGCAUUUUGCUUUUAGGGGAGCUGACGACGCGUCGUGUAUUUUUAUCGCUGGCUACAAUAAAUUCCAAAAAUAACAAGGAAUUGAAUUUUGGAAAUUAUCGGAAUGUGUCUGAGUAAAUAUUUGCGCAAAAAAUUACGCAUUAUGAAAUUCUUUUUAUGGUUGCGUCUAACGAAGCGCGUGUUUGGUUGCAUAAGUUGUUUACAUGUCAAUAUAUAUAUUUAUAUAUAUAUUCAUAAUGCAAAAUCGUUGAUGUCACGUUUAAUUAUAAAUAACUAAAGAACCGAAAACUCGAUUUAUAUAAUUUUCAAUUUGUAGGGUUUGCUAAUGACUUAAUUAACGAAAUAUUUGUUAAAACAUCAGAAAGUUUCUUGUAAAAUUAAGAAACAAAAAAAUUGAUUACAAAUGAGGUUAUGUUGCUUGAUAUAAUAGGCAAUAUAAAUAAAUUACGUUUUUGCUAAAUAAAUUUUGUAUAUUUCAAUAUUAUUAAACUUAAAACAUUUAAUUUGGGCAAUUACUGUAUCAAAAUACUAAAACUAAAUUAAAUACAUUUAAUAUUAACUAUCAUUUCAAGAGAACGAUGUCAGGCGCGACAGCUAGUUUUAAAUAUUCAGUUAAACAUUCACUUUAUACCACAUUAAUUGGACAUUAUUUCAUCUAAACAAAUCAGUUUGUUAAAUCUACAAAAUAUCAUUACAUAUUAAUCUGUUUAAACAUAUGUAACUAAAGUUAAACAAACGCACAAUUGGCAAUGACAGUAAUCAGAUAUAUUUUGGGCGUCCGGGCAAUCUAUUAUUCACAAUUCACGAUUAUUAAUUAAAAUCAGCUCGUGCAAUAUUCAUUUGCCACAUUAUAUCCGUCACGCCGAUUGGCUUGUCUGAAAGCUACAAUAAAUGUAAAUAUAAUAUCGCGUCAGUAACCAACGCACGUCAAAAGCCUAUAAAUUCAACCUGUUUUGUUUGUUUAAAGCUUCAAAAUGACACAAGCGAUUUAAUUAAUUUCGUAAUCUGAUUGUCAAUUAUUUUGAUAUAGGUAAAUAUUAGUUAUGUUAGUUUUAUAGUUUUAGGUUUAAAUUGAGCGAAAAAUAUUUUAUAAAUAUUUUUAUAUCGUGUACUUACCAAAUAUUAGUAUGUAAUGAUAAAUUAAUUAAAUUAUUGUAAAUGAAAUAACAGUUUACGUGUUGAAAUAUUAAUUAUGUUCACAAAAUGUAAAAAUAUGGUUGCAGCAUGAAUUUUAAAGUGAAUUCAACUAAAAUAUGUUGUUUUUAAUGAAAAUAGUGAAUUAUUGAGGUUAAGUAAAAAGUUAUGCUCUAAAACCUUUAUAAUUUACUCGUUUUACAUCAAAAAACAUUUUAAAAACUCAGAUUAUAAACAAUUUUCUAAUAAAUCAAAUACUUCAUUAAAUUUUUAACACCCUAACGACCCAUUUACACUUUACAUCACGUUAUGUAAACAAUAAAAGACUAGAUUUAUUUAAAUUUAAACUAAAAAUAAAAACACGACUAAAGUAAAUAAAAUUCUACUUUAAAAGUAAAAUAAAACAAAAAUUAUAUAAAAAUCAUGCUGCAACCCAUAAAAUGAAUAAUUUUGUAAUUGCUGUAAAUAAACUAUUUUAAAUACAUAAUGGAAUUGUAUAACAAAUGAAUUUAUCAAGGUAUAUACUCAUCGAACUCAAAAGAAGUAAUUGUAAGAAUUGCAAACAUAAUAUUAAUAUAAAAAAUAAGAUUAUAGCUAAAGUUAUUGGUCGAUUUAAGAUGAUUUAUAAGAAUAAAUGUGAACAUUGUGAUAUUUUUUAAACAACUAAUGUUAUCCGAGAUAAGAAGAAAAAUAUACGACACAUUAAUUUCGAA